AUGGGAAAUUCAAAGAGUCAAAGCCUUGCUCAGUCGGAAUGUUCUGAACUGAUCCCCAUUACAUCGGGUGUUUCGUAUCGAGAUGCCUUAAUGGAUCACUUUCCGAGUUUGAUUCAGCGAAUGGAACACUCGAGCACAGAACUAAAAUCAUUUCUUUCGUUUAUUUCCCAAACGAGAGAUUUGUAUACCAACAUGUAUGAAACGUUUGAUCAGAAAAACAUUAAGGCUUUGAAAUCAGGCAGCGCCGAUGAAGGGGAAUAUGGAGUGUUUGGAAAGGUAGUUUCGGAAAUGAGGCAAACGUCCUCCCAAUUAAAAUCAUCGUGUACAGAGCUGGCAACUCUUUCAAACGAUAGCAAGGCAUUGAGUGAUGAAUUUAAUAGCUAUUUGAAAAAGGCAAGAAAGGAAGAGAAGAAGCUUUCAGAAGAAGUCAGUACCUUUAAAAAGAAUUAUGAAAAGGCAUUGAAAAAAGAGGAAUCUCAAAAAGCUACAAAAUUGGAACUCGAGAGAAUGCUCACCUUGUCAGAAAAACCACUCUCCAAUCAAGAGAAGGAAAAGCUCGAAAGAAAAUUACGUGACCUUGAGCCAGCUUUGGAAAAACUAGAAUCUGAUAAUCGAUUGCUUCUUCUCAAAUUUCAAGAGCGAGAGGAAGUUUACAAAAUUGGUCUUGGAAAUAUUUUGUCGCAUUUAGAAUUCAUUGAUAGAAAGAGAUUUUCUCUCAUGAAAGAGUUGACCAAAAGAUUGUUAGAAAUUCUCAAGACUGUAGGAGCGUGUAUUUCAGAUAAUGCAGCCCAAGUGAAUAUCACCAUUAAGAAUUUGGAGGACGAAAAAGUCUUUGCCAAUUUUGUUGCAUCAUGUCGAAAUGAAGUGUUCAUACCUGCUGCCACAACCACACAACCAGCAAACGAGCAACAACAAACCGUUGUUACAGAGGAAGGUCCAAUGAUGGAAUCUAAUGAAACACAAGAAUAA